ACUUCAGAGGCAGAUUUUCAGGUGGCAGAAUUGACAUGUUCAGGAAAAGACAGUGACAUUGCCUAGACUUCAGAGAGACCACGUCUCGUGCCUUGGGCACUACUGGCUCCUCCUCCCACCCUUCGGUCCAGGGUCCAAGAGGAAAGAGCACCACUUUGGACCGCCCACUUCAUAUUCUCCACCAGCAUUCCAGCCCUCCGAAUGAUCUACACCAGAGUGGCCUCCUCAAGAUGUCAUAAACAAUGACUGAUUAUUCUCCUCAACUCCCUUGAACAAGAAGGUCCUUCAAACAAAAACUGAAGUCAGCCUGUGCUCUGUCAGACUGGGAGAGGCUCACGCAUUCAGAACCUGCACUGGCUCUGGUUUCCAGCCUCCCAGGGCUCCAUGCCAGACAGCCUGAGCAUGUGGGUCACACUUGCCGUGACAGCCUGGAUGGUUUCCUUAGUCCCCGGUUAUGAAAACACAGUUAGUUUGCCCGAUAUCGAAAAUGAAGACUUCAUCAAAGACUGUGUUCGAUUUCAUAACAAGUUCCGAUCAGAGGUGUAUCCAAGAGCCAGUGAUAUGCUAUACAUGACUUGGGACCCAGUGCUAGCCCGAGUUGCAAAAACAUGGGCAAGGAACUGUCAGUUUAAACACAACGUUGAGCUGCAUUCGAGCUACAAGCUGCACCCAAAUUUCUCCUUUGUGGGAGAAAACAUCUGGGCUGGGUCCCUAUCCCUGUUUUCUGUAUCUUCAGCCAUUGCAGACUGGUACAAUGAAAUUCAAUACUACGACUUCAGGACUCAUAAAUGCACCCAGGUCUGCGGGCAUUACACCCAGGUUGUUUGGGCAGCUAGUUACAAAGUGGGCUGUGCAGUACAGUAUUGUUCCAGUGUUUAUGGCACUGGUAUUUCCAACGGAGCACUUUACAUAUGCAACUAUGGACCAGGACAGUACAGAAGUAGGCCGUACACAGAAGGGUCCACCUGCAGUGACUGCCCCAAUGAUGACCAGUGUUUGGAUAAUCUCUGCAUUAACCCACAACGAGACAAAGUCACACGUUACUACUCUAUUGUGUAUCCUGACUGGCCAAUAUCUGUACGCAACAAAAACUUAUCUCUCUUUCUCACUGUCAGCCCACCAAUCCUAAUACUGGGUAUCCUAACGACCAUUUGGGUCAAGCACAGAUACCCUCAACUCUUUUAAUCUAAAAUAAUCAAAAAGAAAGCCACCCCAACUCAUUCAUAUAUGGCUUUAAAAAAAAUGACCCUUGUAUUUCUUAUUUCUAAUUUAAAAACAUUUCAGAAAAAAAUGUUGUUGCAAUACACCCUUAAUCAAAAGAAAAAGCUUCAACUUCCUAAUUCUAGAAUAAACUCAUUUUUACUUCCCACUUUUCUAUGAAUAAGAAUUGUUUUCAGGCUGCCACAGCUAUGACUUUCAGUAAGUAACUCAGCCCGUGUGUCUUAGCUUCUAAAGCUACAAGAUGAAUGUGCUAGAUUUAGGUGACUCUAAACAACUCUACUGGCCCUCAUUAGUAAAAACAUUUCUACGGAACUUGCUGCAUGCUGCUUCCAUGCGAAACAUCUGCUUUCCUCCCACUCCCUUGCAAUUUGAGGUCUUUGGUUUCCCAUUUUCCCAGACUCAGAAAAGUAAUUAAGGGAUUUAAAAGGCCUUGCUUUUUCUUUCUGCUUAUGGGUUGUUUAAUCUUAAACAUAAUAUAAAGUGAGAUUAUAAAAAGAA